AAAUAAUGCAAUUUUUCAUUUGCCUGAUUUUUCUAUUUGUUCUCCUCGUUUAUGGGCAAUAUUCUCCUCCAUCUGCCACAUACAGUACGCAACAAGUUCCAUAUAACUGGCUAACAUUGGCAUUUGUGGGUUCAAACGAUUAUCUUCCACGACCUCAUUACCAUUCAACUGAUAGAGAACAUUUUAAAGAACUCUGUCGUCGACUUGAUGGCUUGAAUCCAAAUCAACAGGCACUUUGCGCGGAGAAUCCCUUCUCAAUUCCAUUUGUAGCUCGCGGAGUUCGUGAAGCAAUUCGAGAAUGCGAGAAUAAGUUCAAAUUUGAGAGAUGGAAUUGUUCGUCAAGAGAUGAGGUUACAGAAACUCGUCACGGAAAAUUUCAGGAUAUUUUGGGGAAAACAUUAAGAUCAGCAAACAAAGAAGCAGCAUUUCUCAACGCAAUAAUGGCAGCCAGCAUAGUUCAUUCUAUUACAAAAGGCUGUAAUACUGGAAAUCUAACAGAAUGUGGAUGUGACAGUAAACCAGGAAUGCAGAGAUAUCAGGCUGAAUCUGACCCAUCAAUGAGUAGAGAUCAGUUCUCCUGGGGUGGAUGCUCUGAUAAUGUUCCACAUGGUAUUCGGUAUGCAAAAAAGUUUUUGGAUGACUGGGAAACUGCACAGUUUGACAAAACAAAGAAUGUUGCUCAUCUUGUUCGACGGCAUAACAAUUUUGUUGGAAGAGAGGCAAUCGCCCAAAAUAUUCGACGUCAAUGUCGUUGUCAUGGAGUAUCUGGUUCAUGUGAAUUCAAAACUUGUUGGCUCCAAAUGCAGAAGUUCUCCCAAGUGUCCGACCUUCUUAAAAAGCGAUAUGAUCAUUUCGCAGUUCAGGUAACAAGAAAAGCCACUAAAAGAUUACGAAGAAAAGAACGAACGGAACGAAAAAUUCCGUUGAGAGGAAAUGAAAUGGCAUACGUACAUCGAUCACCGUCUUAUUGUGAGAAAAAUCUCACAGCAGGAAUACUGGGAACGUCUGGUCGUGAAUGUAUUCAUAACUCGUACAGCUCAGAAAGCUGUGAUUUGCUUUGUUGUGGACGAGGAUAUAACACAAGAUUAGAGAUCCGCCAAACUCAAUGCGAGUGUAAAUUCGUUUGGUGUUGUGAAGUGAAAUGCAAGACUUGUACCGAAGAAGUUGCAGUACAUACAUGCAAAUAAGAUUUCUCUUUUCCAGCACAAACAACACCUACAUACAUCAAACACCUCGAAUAAACGAGAAAACACAAUUUUUCGUCAACAAGAUUGGAUUUUUGUUUCUGGGAAAUGUGCUCCAGUACUUGUCUAAUUAACUUUUAAUUCUUGGUUUUACAAUUUCUGGAAAAAGGAUUGUUUCAAUAAGUAUCAAAAUGUGCUAACAAUUUUUAAAACUAAGUUCUUCAAAAACUUUUAAAAACCAUUUUUAAUUGAAAUCUCAAUUUUUUCUAUGAACUUCAGUGAAUUUUCCAUAUUUUUGUAGAUAGAUUGAAACAUUUCCUUCAAUUCCAUCAGUCCUUUUUCAAAUUUAGUAUUGUUGCUCUCAACUACGGGUUUCUUUCCACGUCACCACUCAUCCCACAUUUCUUUUUCUCGCACUCUCUCAACUCCCCGUAAUCUUUUCUACAAACACUUCUGGAUUAUAUCUUGUUAUCAGUAUAUUUGCCCAAAAAAAACGACCCCGCCCCAUAUUCACAUUAAUCUAAUCCUUCUCUUCACCUCUUCCUCUCCGUUUUUUUUCAAUUUGUUUGCCCAGUUUUUUGUUGGCUUCUUCUCUGGAAUCCCGGCUUUGGGGACGAACUAAUUAAUUCCAGCGGCUUUGCUCUUGUGUUCCCUUUGGCUUUUUGUACUGAACUUUUAUUAGAUAAACU